AUGGUUGACUGCAAGCAACUAGCCACACCCGCAUCCACCACACAGGCCGUAACUCCAUCUGAUGAACCGUUUGAUAAUCCCACACAGUACCGUCGAAUUGUUGAGGCUUUACAGUACCUCACUAUUACUCGUUCGGAUCUAUCAUACGCAGUGAACCGUUUGUGUCAGUUUAUGCAUACUCCGACAGUUGAUCACUGGGCCAUGGUCAAGCGGGUCUUACGGAAGAGCACUAGUGGGUAUGCGGUGUUUCUCGGGACUAAUCUCGUCUCUUGGCUAUCAAGGAAGCAACGGACUGUGGCCCGCUCUUCGACUGAAGCAGAAUAUAAAGCCCUAGCUGAUGUUGCCGCUGAAGUCACUUGGGUUGUCUCUCUUCUCCGUGAGCUUAGUCUACACACUGGGCAGCCUUCUACUCUGUGGUGUGAUAAUUUAGGAGCACCAUAUCUGUGUGCUAAUCCAGUUUUCCACGCCAGGACGAAGCAUGUUGAAAUCGACUAUCAUUUCGUCCGUGAUAAGGUUGCCAGCGGGGACUUUGUGGUUAAUUUUGUAUUGACUAAAGAUCAGCUGGCCGAUGUCUUCACCAAGCCUCUUCCCGAACCCAGAUUUAUAGCUCUUUGA